AAUAAUAAGAUAAUGAGAGAAAAUAGGCGUACGCAAAAUGUGUCCUCACAUCCUGUUUUUCACUUCCUCCUCAAUGGUCGUGAAUGAACCAGUUUCGGACGGUCUGUAUGCGCAUGGAAUAUACCACAGCACAUUGUCAAUAUUGCACACGCGCCCUUUCUGUGGACACUUUACAGGCCACAUAAAUUGUGGAAGACAUUUGUGCGCGGUGAAAUUCCGAAUCCGUAUUUUUCCCGCAAUAUGAGUGAUUUCUGAUAGCAAGAGGCCAGAGGGUUCUGUGGGACCUUUAAACACUUCUGACGGGAUGGAGAAGAAAGACGUGAAGAUCAUCAACCAGGGCCUGGAGGACGAGAUGGAGGUGUGGGGUUACCGGCCGUGCCCCUGGAAGAUGGUUCUGGUGGCCGUUGGGGCGGUGUGCACCGGGGGGCUGCUGUUUCUGGUGCUCUACUGGCUGCCUGAGUGGGGAGUGAGAGGGACCUGCACACGGACCCCCUUCAUCAGGGAGUCCCAGACACUGCUGCUAAGAUCCACGGACGAGUUUAGGAGAUGGUUCCGGGCCAAGGUACAUGUGAUGCUAGCCCCUGGAAAGAGACCCUUUGACGGUGUCGAUCUCCUAAGCCCUCUGCACAUACCUAAUGGGGACAGUAUACACUCCUUCAGUGCCCUCCAAGAUGAACUUCAGGGAAAAUACAUCCAUAUCCAGCCAGUUCAGGUUUGCUACUUCACCCACCACAGCACAAAAUACUACUGGAAUGAUCUGCUUCAGAAUUUUGAAGUGUUUAAAGGUUUGGAGGAUGUCAGGGUGACUUGUUCCAGCAUCCACACUGACCACAGCUCUGGUCUCAGCAAACUACUUCAGGACUACAGGAGACUGUUCUUUGAAGUGAAUGAGAUAGCAGUUAAGGUGCCAUCUGUGUUCAAGCUCCUCAUAAAAGAGGUCCUGAAUCCGUUCUACAUAUUCCAGCUCUUCAGCGUGAUUCUGUGGAGCAUUGAACAGUAUUACUACUACGCCGCUGCCAUAGUCUUCAUGUCUGUCAUAUCCAUAGCUACCUCGCUGUACACCGUCAAGAAGCAAUACAUCAUGCUGCAUGACAUGGUGGCGACACACAGUAUUGUACGUGUCUCAGUGUGCAGAGGGACUCUAGAUGUCGAGGAGGCCAUGUCCACAGAGCUGGUCCCCGGUGAUGUCAUCGUCAUCCCGUCCAAUGGAAUGAUCAUGCCCUGUGACGCCGUGCUGGUUCAUGGAAACUGCAUCGUCAACGAGAGCAUGCUGACAGGUGAGAGUGUGCCUGUCACCAAGACCAGCCUACCCAGCUCAGGAGAAGAUGGGGCUGGCGUCUAUAGCAUAGAGGAACACAAGAGACACACACUGUUCUGUGGCACUCACAUCAUUCAGACCCGCUUCUACACCGGGGAACUGGUCAAGGCCGUGGUGGUCAGGACUGGUUUCAGCACAGAGAAGGGCCAGCUGGUGCGCUCCAUCCUGUACCCCAAGCCCACUGACUUCAAGCUGUACAGAGAUGCCUAUCUCUUCCUGCUCUGUCUGGUGGGAGUGGCCGGCAUUGGCUUCAUCUAUACCAUCGUCCUCAGCAUCAUAAACCAGGUUCCAGCCAAAACCAUAGUGGUUGAAUCUCUGGACAUUAUCACCAUCACGGUGCCCCCGGCGCUGCCUGCAGCCAUGACAGCUGGCAUCGUCUAUGCCCAGCGCCGGCUGAAACGUGUGGGUAUCUUCUGCAUCAGUCCCCAGAGGAUCAACAUCUGUGGCCAACUCAACCUCGUCUGCUUCGACAAGACUGGUACUCUCACUGAAGAUGGUUUGGACCUUUGGGGGAUCCAGAGAGUUGAAAAUGGCAGUUUCUCUCCCCCAGAGGAUGACCCAGCCAAUGAGACACUAGUCAGGUCCUCGUUUGUGUCUUGCAUGGCCACCUGCCACUCUCUGACCAAGCUAGAGGGAGAACUCUCCGGAGAUCCAAUGGACCUCAAGAUGUUCAACGCUACAGGCUGGAUUCUAGAGGAGCCAACAGAGGAAGAAACAGCCCUCCACAAUCCCAUAAUGCCCACCGUGGUGCGGCCACCCAAACAGGUGCUCCCAGAGGUCAACCAGGAAGUCAAUCUAGCACAGAACAUGGAGCUGUCUGAGCUGACGUUGUCCUAUGAGAUUGGGAUCGUCCGCCAGUUUCCUUUCUCUUCGGCUCUACAGAGGAUGAGUGUGGUGGUCCGGAAGCUGGGGGAGAAGCGCAUGGACGCCUACCUCAAGGGGGCGCCAGAGGUUGUGGCCAGCCUCUGCGCAGAGGACACAAUACCAGAGAGCUUCACAGAGACCUUGGAGUUUUACACCAGGCAGGGGUUCAGAGUCAUAGCUUUGGCCCAUCGCCAGCUGGAGGCCAAACUCUCCUGGCACAAGGUCCAGAACCUCAACAGAGAUCUCAUAGAGACCAAUAUGGAGUUCCUUGGGCUCAUAGUCAUGCAAAACAAGCUAAAGGAAGAGACUUCUGGGGUUUUAAAAGACCUGCGACGUGCAAACAUCCGCACUGUGAUGGUUACAGGCGAUAAUAUGCUAACCGCUAUAUCAGUAGCCAGAGACUGUGGGAUGAUAACCCCUCAUGAGAGGGUCAUCGUAGCAGACGCCACACCUCCCAAAGACAUCCAGCCUGCUACGAUCAAUUGGCACUACACAGAGAACCACGCCACCAGCAAAGACAACCGUGUUGAGUCAGUGGAAAUCAGCCUUGAGGAUUUGGGCCAUGUGGCUUAUGGUGAGCAGCACAAGCAGCAGGAGCAGGGAUACCACUUUGCCAUGAGUGGCAGGUCCUUUGCUGUCAUCACCGAACACUUCCCUGACCUAGUCCAAAAGCUGGCACUGCAUGCCACAAUAUUCGCCCGCAUGGCUCCUGACCAGAAGACUCAGCUGGUAGAGGUCCUACAGAGUGUGGACUAUACUGUAGGGAUGUGUGGUGAUGGUGCCAAUGACUGUGGCGCCCUAAAGAGAGCUCACAGUGGGAUCUCUCUGUCAGAGCUGGAGGCCUCGGUCGCCUCCCCCUUCACCUCCUCCACCGCCAACAUCUCCUGUGUGCCCAACCUCAUUAGAGAGGGGAGAGCUGCUCUCAUCACCUCCUUCUGUGUGUUCAAGUUCAUGGCCCUGUACAGCAUCAUCCAGUACCUCAGUGUCACGCUCCUCUACUCUAUCCUCAGCAACCUGGGAGACUUCCAGUUCCUCUUCAUUGACGUUGCUAUCAUUCUGAUCAUUGCCUUCACAAUGAGUCUGAACCCGGCGUGGAAGGUUCUGGUGGCGCAGCGCCCCCCGUCCAGUCUAAUCUCAGGCCCUCUGCUGUUCUCCGUGCUGACCCAGAUCCUCACCUGUCUGGCCUUCCAGAUCCUGGCCUUCCUCUGGGUCCGGGGCCAGAACUGGUACGAGAAAUGGACGCCCCUCUCAGAUGCUUGUAAUGUUUCCAGUGCCAAUCUCACCCAUGGUCCCAACAUAACGUCACAUGUCGACCACAAGAACAUCAGGAACUAUGAGAACACUACACUCUUCUACGUCUCCUCCUUCCAGUACCUGGCAGUGGCCAUCAUCUUCUCCAAGGGAAAACCUUUCAGACAGCCAAGCUAUAAAAACUGGCCGUUCAUGCUAUCCUGUAUGGCUCUGUACAUAUUCCUCUUCAUGAUCAUGCUGUAUCCUGUUCCUGCCAUCGACAAUUUCCUGGAGAUUGUGUGUGUUCCCCAUGAAUGGCGCAUAACAGUGGUCAUCAUUGUCCUAGUGAACGCUGCUGUGUCUUUCCUAUUGGAGACUUUGGUCCUUGACAUCAUCUUAUGGAAGCUGGUGUUCAGUCGAGACAAGCAGGGGGGCAGCGAUGGCAUGGCCGUCACCUCCACUACUCUCACACCUCAGUCUGCUAAUGAGCUUUGGUGCACGGCGUUCCUCUCCUGGCUGUUCUGUUGGAAGGGGAAGACCCCCAGAGUGCGCUACAUGCAAGUCGCCCAGGAGCUGCAGGAGGACCCCGACUGGCCCCCCAAACCUGCUACCGUCACCUACACCACCAGCACCCCCCAUCACACUGUCAGCAUGUGACACAUGGCCACACCCACAUAUAGCUGCAAAAAAAUAUAUUUAACCAGGCAUGUCAGUUAAUAACAAAUUCUUAUUUACAAUGACGGCCUACCCCGGCCAAACCCUCCCCUAACCCAGACGACGCUGGGCCAAUUGUGCGCCGCCCUAUGGUACUCAUGAUCAUGGCCAGUUGUGAUACAGUCUGGGAUCGAACCAGGGUCUCUAGUGAUGCCACUAGCACUGAGACGCAGUGUCUUAGACCACUGUGCAACUGGGGAGGCAUACAGUACCUAGUCUAGAACCUUCCAUUCCCCGGACCAGGUUUAUAACCAGUAUCAAGUAUAGUACCUUCCUUUGCCUGGACAAGUAGGGCUGUGAUGAUACCAGUAUAGCAAUAUUUUUUCCAUGGCAAAAAUGAAAACAUGAAGCAGACCAAACUCUUAGGUAUUUUAAAAACCUGCUGUAAGUAAAAUAUUGUUUGCAAUAGGCAGGUUGGUUGUUGAGUAACAAAACGGACGCGUGCGUAACUAUGAGGAAAAACAGAUGGGUUGGCUUAGAUUGUUGACAACAUGUCAACUAUAUUUAUUCUCCAAUGUUUAUUGAAAACCAAAAUCCAUUUGCACAAUGAGCACUUGUCUCUCAAAUACAUUGUAACAGUUGUUAGCUAGCUAGCGAAUUUGAGCCAUAUUAGCAUUGACAUGAAAUCAGUCAAAACACCUCAAAACAAGACAUGGUAUCAAGAAGAUGAAACUAGCUGAAAUGAGUCACUUGCGAUUCCCCACAUGGCAGUUUCUUGUAAUUGUUGGUAUCUAUCUAGCCAUCCAGAAUCACAACAACGCAGACUUCUGCCCCAUUUGAUGUGUGUGCAUCGUUUUCGUGACAUUUUCAGCUAACCCAUCUAUAGCUAGGAAAAUAAAUAAAUGUGACUCCAACAUAAGGGCUGUUUUCCAAAAGAAGUUAAAUCUGCUUCGUUUUUCCUAUCCAAGAUAAUAACAAGUAUUGCAAUACUGAUAUCAUCCCAUCCCUAGUUUAUAACCAAUAUCGAGUCUAGAAACGUCCAUUGCAUAGACAACUGACCUGGUUUAUAACCAAUAUCGAGUCUAGAGCCUUCCAUUGCCUGGACAACUGACCUGGUUUAUAACCAAUAUCGAGUCUAGAACCUUCCAUUGCCUGGACAACUGACCUGGUUUAUAACCAAUAUCGAGUCUAGAACCUUCCAUUGCCUGGACAACUAGCCCCAUAUCCAGGACUAAACAAAAAGAAUCAUGUGAAAUCACAUCAUGAGCUUGCAAUCAGACUGUGAUCCUGUCAACUUCUUGACCAUAACUAGACCUUAACUGCUCCGUCCUUACCCAUAACCCCCAAACCACACAUAAAACCCCAGCAAUGUGACUACUGACAGGUUGCCCCAUACUGGGCACUUAUCACCCUCUUUUUGCUAUUAGUUUAGCCUUGGUGUUGAGGCCCAGAGAUUAUGUCUUUCCAAUACAGGGCUUGCCUUGCACUCACCACUGGUUGAUUUUUCAGCUUCACAAAGACUAAGAACUAUGGAAUCGUCCACUAACACUUUCUCACCUGCCUUGAUUGCUGCUCCAACGAAAUGUCAAGAGUUAAAGAGAACAUGUGUGAACAGGACCGUACUGAGGGAAAUGGAGGGAUUUUUUAAUUUUUUUUAAUCAACACACCCAGUUCAUGCAUUUUGAAAGCACUGUGUGUGUGCUGUAAGCGUGAGUGGUACUACUGUAUUUGCCAAGAUUGAAUAACAUUCCAAUGCACCAAUAAUAUAUUGCUGUGUUUCUCUGAGAAUUUGCUACGCUUUAUGAAUGUAAUUCUUCCUGUGGAAGUAUGUGAGUGUCCGUGACUCUUGUGAAAACCUGAACACUUGAGUUGAUCUGAUGCCUGUGUGUGUGUGCAGGGUUUUUUCUGCAUAGAAAAGUCUUGGGCAAGACUUAAUAAAAAUUAUUGGGAUGGGGAAACAUUUUCAGUGUAAACUUAAAUGACUUAAACCAUAUAUAUAUAUAUAUAUAUAUAUAUAUAAAUAUGAUGAUCUUUGAGAACUAACAAUCACCCCAAAUAAAAUCUAGCCCGUUAGGGAGAAUCAAAAAUACGAAAAAUUAUGCAUUCAGUAUUUUUGUCAUGGCAUGGGGCCCCCAUUGAUUUUGUUAUGUUUGAGUCACUCCGAUAGCAUAACAACGCAUAAGCCAUGGCAAAAAUGUGUAGAUUUGCUGAAAAUUUAUAUUGAAAAUUAUUCUUCUCUCACAUCAUGACAAAUGUGUAGAAUUGCAGGACAUGUUUUUCUGCGGCCAAGAGGGCCUCUAAAAUGUUCAGUCGGCAACCGCACUAUUCACCACGCCCCCGUCACAGCCACGAUCCUAACCCUAAUUUUGAUCCAGAAAAAAACCUGGUGGGUGUGUGCAUGUACACUCCUGUACGUAUUUAUUUGGACGCUGAAGCUAAAACGUUUUAAUUCAGCUCUAUACUUUAGCAUUUUGGAUUUAAGAUCAAAUGUUUCAUAUGAGGCGACAGUACAGCAUGGCACCUUUUAUUGUCAGGUAUUUUCAAAUAUAUCUUUUACCAUUUAGAAAUGAAAGCACUUUAUGUAUCUAGUCCUCCCAUUUUAAAGGUGUCAAAUACUUGAAACGUUCAAAUAGGUGAACUAAAUACAUGAAGGGCUUUCAUCUCUAAACGAUAAAACGGAUAUGUAUGAGAAUACCCUCAAACAAAAGGUGACAUUCUGUACCUUCUCUUCAUAUGAAACAAUUGAUCUCUGUAGAAUAGCGGACCUAGAGUAUCCAAGUGAGGUGACGGGUGGGAAUGAGGUGAUGUAACAUUUUGUAACAUUUAUAAACCAUUGCACCUGACCUAAAUGCUGCUUUUAUUAAAGGGAAUUAUUUUGAAAAGAUA